AUGUCGACCUUAUCGGAUGCCAGAGAUGGGGCGAGUGAGCAAUUCCGAGACCUGAAUCUCUCAAUCACAGGCCUGGGCGUUGAAUAUCCGCCCUACCUUCUCUCACCUUCAGAUCUCGAUACUCUCUGCGCCCGUCACUAUCCAGAUUCUCCAGCAAUCCAAAAAGUACGAAUGAUCAACAACUAUACUGGAAUUGAGACGCGAUCGGCUAUUGGUACAGUAGAUCACCCAAUGGCGAAUAUGGACCGUGCUCCUACAAUCGACGAGCUAUGUAAGGUCUUCCUGAAGGAUGGAGUCGCAUUGGCAAUCACCGCUGCAAGGAAAGCUCUACAUGAAGCACAAUUAUCUCCUGCCGAUAUUACACACGUCGUAUCAACAACAUGUACAAAUAGCGCAAAUCCUGGAUUUGACCAUUUCGUUUGCAAAGGGUUAGGAAUUACACAGCCAGUUGAGAAGGUAUUAUUACAUGGAAUUGGAUGUAGUGGAGGUCUUGCAUGUCUGAGAACUGCCGCGAAUCUUGCGCUUGGAAGUACCUUCAUGGGACGCAAAGCCAGAAUUUUAGUAAUUGCGCUCGAAAUCAGUAGUUUGCUGGUAAGAAGUGAAUUGGAUAGCGUUCAAGAACUACAAGAGACGAGAAUUGGUAUCACACUCUUCAGUGAUUGUGCUAGCGCCGCGGUACUAAGUAAUGGUCUUGGAAAACAAGAUCCAGAACCGAUAUAUAGCCUAUUAGGUUGGGAUCAUCGAAUCAUUCCAGAUACGGAGCAAGAUUUAGGCUUUGAUAUCGAUCCAUUAGGUUGGAAAGUUGUACUUUCACCUCGAGUCCCCAAAUUAACAGGCGCCAUUGUCGCUCCUACGUUCAACGACCUUUUAACGACCAUCCCAAACCUCCCAUCAAAUUACCAAAAAGCUUCAGAUUUCGACUGGGCUCUUCAUCCAGGUGGCGCCACUAUUCUCACUGGUGUCGAAAAAUCCAUGUCUAUAACUCCGGAACACAUGCGAGCCUCAUACGAUACAUAUAUCAACCAUGGAAAUUCUUCUUCUGCGACAAUACUUUCUGUCAUGGAUCGUUUACGACAAAAAGAAAUGGACGAUUGUGCGCCGGACGGCAAAGUCAAGGAUUACGUCGUGGGCUGUGCUUUUGGACCAGGAAUCGCAAUUGAGAUGUGCAUGCUGAAGAGAAAUCUAAACCAUGUACGGAGGGUGUUGGUAGAUGGAGAUAUCACACCACCAAUGACAGAGACGGAUCCCAGCGACGGAGAAGUUAGCAGGAGUGAUACGCCUGUGGAUUUGGAAGCUGAGGUCGAAGCUACAAAGGAAAAGGGCGACGUCUUGGAAGAAAAGCUGGAGAAGAUACAUCCUGAGAUUCCCGAGCAAAAUGAUAGCUUGGCGGAGGCGCUUAAUGGAGUUGAGCUGGAUUAG